AUGACCGUGCAAGAUCUAGAUCAGACAAUGCAGUCCAGCGUGGACUCUCCAAUUGGCGCAAUGCAUGACUGGUACCCAAUGAAGCCCGACGACUAUAAUUCGAUUCAAAGGGAGAAUCUCGAAAGGUCACGACUGAAGAUUCCCUUGAUGCAGACAGGAGAGUGCCUACAUGCUGUUGGUUCAUUCAAACAGUCAAUGUUCCCGCAAAGCAUAGGCCUAUCGGCAACCUUUGACACAGAUCUUGUGUAUCGAGUCGGGCGCGCUAUAGGUACCGAGGCGAGAUCCAUUGGCAUUCAUGCUUGCUUCUCUCCGGUGCUUGAUCUUGGUUUGGACCCGAGAUGGGGCCGAUUACAGGAGGCCUGGGGAGAGGACAAGAUUUUGACGUCCCAUAUGGGUGUUGCGUACUCAUCAGGAUUAUCAAAGAACGGGUCGUUGUCUGAGCCAGAUGCUGUUGCCCCAAUAAUGAAGCAUUUCGCCGCACACGGCUCUCCUCAGUCAGGACACAAUGCCGCACCAUUUAUGGGCCACGGGAACCGACAAAUAAUUCAAGACCUUCUGCUGCCUUUCAAAGCGGCAAUCGAAUUAGGAAGUGUCAGAGGUGUUAUGAUGGCAUAUAAUGAACUAGAUGAUAUUCCCGCCUCCGUCCACCCCAUGCUAUAUCAAGCCCUCAACGACUGGGGCUAUGAUGGGUUCGUCAUGGCUGACGAUACAGGGAUGAUUCAGUUGGAGACGAUGCACCAUGUCGCGGACUCUCCCUUAGAUGCACUGAAGCAGUGGUUCAAUGCAGGCGGCAUGCUCCAGUUUUACGACUAUCCACUGGGACAAUACAUUAAUAUGACAAAAGAGCUGAUAAACAAAGAUUUAGUUAAACUGGCUACUAUACAGUCGCAUGUCCGCAAGAUCUUAGGUGUCAAAUGGGACCUGGGCUUGUUUGAAGACCCGUAUCUGUCAGCGGAUCUUGACCCUGUCGUGGUCGCUGAGAAGAACCGUGACCUGACGCUAGAAGCAGCGCAGAAGAGUAUCGUGCUUCUAGAGAACAGAGACUUUACCUUGCCCUUGAGACCAAAUGAGCAGAACCUGUCAAGAAUUGCCUUGAUAGGACCGUUUAGCGACACACUUAACUAUGGGGAUUAUUCGGGCUCAUGGGGACAGUACCCAGCGGGCGCAGCUAAGACGAUCAGAGAGGGACUCCUUGGAUAUAUUGAUAAUGGAGAAAACACGAUGGACUUGGUGACCAGUUGGGGUGCAGACUCCUGGGAGUACAACUCGCAGUACGCUAUCCCGGGGUACCUACUCUCGGCAGAUGGCGUACGAGGCGGGCUAAGAGCUACUUACUUUGCAGACACCAAUUUCGCGCAGCCAUUGGCGCAAAGAAUGGAAACACCGAGUUUAGAUUGGGGCCUUUAUCCCCCCAAUGGCCUUCCGUCUACGAAUUUCAGUGUUAUCUGGGAAGGUGAACUCCAUUCGCCGGUGGAUAUUACCGUCGAAGGAUGGCUCGGCGUCGCCGUCGGUGCAAAUACGACUGUAAAGCUGUUCAUUGAUGAUGAGUUAGUUGUCUCGCAAGGGGUUGACCACCUGUUGCAUACAGGCUCGAUACUGAGCAACAUCAUGAGUUACUCCUACGUCGAGGCUAACGGUACCAACGCUCCGCCAGGAUCAGCGCCUUUCGAUUUUCGUAAGGACGCCACGCAUCGUAUUCGUAUCGAGUACCAAGCCUUCAAUCUAUAUAAGAAAACAGCGAAUGUGGUUUCGCUGAACCACCAAGUGAUACUGUUCUGGAACCUUGUGAGUCGAAAGGGCGACGCCGUGGACCAAGCCGUGCAAUUAGCAAGGACGUCGGACUUGAUUGUUUUGGCAGUCGGCGCAGCCUGGAACAGUGAUGGCGAGAGCGGCGAUCGAGCGACACUUGGGCUUCCCCCGAGUCAAGAUGCUCUUGCUCGGCAGAUCUUCGAGCUCAACAAGCCGGUAGUGCUUGUGCUCCAAGGCGGUCGUCCUUUUGCAAUAGACGAACUAUACAACCGGAGCGCAGCAGUUUUGAGCACUUUCUUCCCUGGUCAGUCGGGAGGCCAAGCCAUUGCUGAUGUUCUUUUCGGUAGAGCAACCCCUGGAGGGCGCAUGCCUAUCACGGUACCAAGGCAUGUGGGCCAACUCCCGGUGUAUUACAACUACAAGGCCUUGGCAAGAAAGAUACGUUUUCUGGACAUUGAGUCUUCGCCUGCUUAUCCGUUCGGGUACGGGUUGUCGUACACAACUUUUGCUGCCGACGGCCUGGCGAUUUCGCAAGGCACCUUCAGCGCUGGAGAUGUGAUCAAAUUCUCUGUGAAAAUUAAGAACACCGGUUCUAUUGGUGGAAGUUAUGUCGCGCAAGUGUACCUUCUUGGGCGCACAUCAUCAAUUGUACAGCCGGUCAAACAGUUGGUCUCGUUCAAACGCGUGCAUCUGGCUGCACAAGAAGAACUGACUGUUCAGUUGGACCUGGACGUCGAUCGGUAUCUGACAAUACUGAACCGAUGGAACGAUUACAAUACCAAAGUGAGCUACCUCAAGGUACUUGAGUUAGUGGUCGGCGUGGGCAUUCCCCGUAGUUUAGCCGACACUGAGGUCAUCGGGGACGGCCUCUUUCUCACCCGCCUCACACGGCGACCUGCAACACCGACGCCGGGCGGGCUCCCCAUCAAGUACAGUGCAUUGAAGCGCAUCCCCAUCAACGAUACAAGCAUGGAAGGGUCCACAGAGCGGAUCGAUCCAAGGCUGCUGCCCUCUGGAGAACCCAGCGUCACUGUCAGCACCGGACCCAGUCACAACGGCGUUUCCGCUCAACCAACCGAUUCGCCAUCGACGGCGGGGCCAACGCCAGCUUCCACGGCGGGCCCGGUGCCGUACGGCGCUGCCCCGACGCCGCAGACGCCGACCCAACCACACGACGGCGAUGCCUCUUUCGCCGAUGCUUCGGGCACCACACCACACGACCCCAACGACCCCAACGAUCCGAAGCGGCCUCGUGCCUGCGAGGCAUGCCGCGGUCUGAAGGUCAGGUGCGAGCCCGAUCCCAACAAUCCCGAUGGGCCGUGCAAGCGGUGCGCCAAGGCCGGCAGGAAUUGCCUGGUCACGCAGCCUACACGGAAGAGGCAGAAGAAAACCGACAGCAGGGUCGCUGAGCUUGAGAAGAAGAUUGAUGCCCUAACUGCUAGCUUGCAUGCUUCAAGGGGAGGCCCGGCGCCGAGCCACCCCUCGCCCGCGGAGCAGAAUGCAUACAAUCAUGUUCAGCAGCAGCUUGCCCAUGCAGCAAGGGACUGGAACCGUACCCCUACCCGAGAUCCCCCAGCGCAAUAUGCCCCUGAGCCGGACAAGCAACAUGUCUUUGUACCGCCUAUGGUCAUGGCAGGCCAGAAACGCAAGGCCACAGAGACUAGGGAGAGCUCAUCCGAGGACACCAAAAGCCACCCACCCCCAGCGCAGGCAAAUAGAAGUCAGGAAUACGCCACUGACAUGAUUGAUCGGGGUUUGAUGACCAUACAGCAAGCCAAUGAGUUCUUCGCACGUUAUACGGACCACAUGGCCGGACAUCUUCCUGCCGUCGUCUUUCCACCCGGGACUACCGCUUCAGAAAUACGUAAGACCAAACCCAUCCUCUUCCUCGCGGUCAUGGCCGCUGCAUCCUCCGAAGUCCCGAACAUCCAGCGUCAGCUUGUCAAAGAGCUGGUGCAGCUGUUUGCAGACAAGAUUGUGGUCGCGGGCGAGAAAAGCUUGGAGCUUGUUCAGGCCCUCCAAGUUGGUGUUAUCUGGUACCAUCCUCCCGAGCAUUUUGAAGAGCUCAAAUUUUACCAGUUCGUCCAUAUGGGUGCUGUCAUGGCCAUAGAUAUCGGGCUGGGACGGAAGCGUAACAGUGCAAAGCAGAGGAUGAUUCCUUACACGUGGAAGGACCAUCCUCUCAGGAAGAAUCCCCUGCCAGAUCCCACUACGCUCGAAGCGCGACGAGCCUGGUUGUCGUCAUAUUUUUUGGCAUCUAAUGUGGCCAUGGCUUUGCACCGUCCUAACCUUGUAAGGUGGACAUCAUUCAUGACAGAAUGCAUGGACAUCUUGGAGUCCUCUCCAGAAGCCGCAGAAACUGACAAGUACCUGUGCCAUCUUGUUUGGACGCAUCGCUUGGCGGAGGAAGUCGGGAUCCAAUUCUCCAUGGACGACCCUAACACCUAUGUCAGUGUUGCAGAACCAAAGGUGCAGUAUGCUCUCAAGGGGUUCGAAAGAGACUUGGAGAAGUAUAGCGAGAGCAUUCCCAAGUCAGAGAAGAAACCGUCGUUGCAGCUCAGUUUCCACGUGCUCAGUCUCUACAUGCAUGAAAUAGCACUCUAUGUUGAAAAGGCCGACGAUCUUCGACCGCCGUACAAUGCUGACGCUCUACGCGAUCCCGUACCAGGUCUUAACGAGAGUCUCACAACCGCGCACAUUGUUGCUCUCAGUUCCUGCCUCACAGCCAUCGAUGGGAUAUUCGAGACCUUCUUGUCUAUGGAUGUCUACAGCAUACGUUGCCUACCGGUGUUUAACUUUGUUCGUGUGGCCUAUGCUGUUGUCGUUCUAAUCAAGAUGUACUUCAGCGCCAGCACACCCGGCUCGGAACUUGGCAGAGUCAUUGUCAAGGACGACAUGAAAGUCGAGGAAUAUCUGGACAGGUUGCUAGCUAAAUUCAGCGAGGUUGGCGCCGCCGACAAGUCGCGCCCGGCAACCAAGUUCCUGGUCGUUCUCGUAAUGAUCCGAGGCUGGUUCCAGAAGCAAGGCAAGCCCCCUGGUCCAGAAAUACCAUCCAUAGCACAGAAAAGCUCCCCGAAUAGCGAUUCUGCAGCUCCAAAGGCCGAGGCCAAGGCGCCGGCAGCUGCACAACGGCAGCCACCACAGCAGGCCAACGAGUACAAUCCGGCCAAUACUCCCUUACAACUUCUUUCAGAGAUCGCAACUGGAAAUCGCGGCAGCCAGAAUCCGACUGCAAACAACUCCAAUGCUCAAUUCCCUGACUGGCUUCAGACGUCUCAACCUUUCAUGUACGGUGCAUCGGCGGGUACGUCCACCUCAGGGAUAGGCAACGACGCCAUGUCUAGCUUCAUGCCAUACCUGAAUAAUUCUUUCAAUGCCGAUUUUGAUUACUCAAACCUUGGAGAUGGCUUUGAGCAAGCCAUGGGCCUCACAUUUGGUGGAUUUACCGGCCCAGAAUGGGGCGCUGCCGACACCGAGACAAUGCGCUUUGUCAUGGACGGAGUGCCGUACAUGAAUGGUCAGUUCCCGUAUCAAUGA